AUUACAUAUUUAAAUGGGUGCUCUAACCGCUAAGCUAACGAGCCCUCUGGCUUUACACAGAUUAGCCAAUUUGCCCGUUUGACUUUGACAAAUAUUGACAGUUCAUUCGAAAACCGCUGCCAUCUAGCCAUAGACCGGCGCGCCAAUUAAAUUACAAACAUUUUAAAAUUAAAAUGUCGACUCCAAAACCAGAAAAAGAGUUACAUUUACCAUUAUCUAGAGUGAAAACUAUAAUGAAAAGUUCUCCAGAUGUGGAUGCUGUUGGUCCAGAGCCAUUAUACUUGGUUACCAAAGUUACAGAAAUAUUUGUAACAGAUCUAGCUAAAAGAGCCUUCAAGAACACAAAAAGUAAUUUAUUAGAAUACAAACAUAUAGCCGAAAUAGUACAAGAGGAUGACACUUUAGAUUUUCUCAGAGAGAUCAUGCCAAGGAAAAUAACAGUCAGACAGUUUAAAGAAUUGAUGGCAAAAAAAGCGGCAAAGGGAAAUGAGUCUGAUGAGUCCAGCGAGGAAUCUAGCGAAGAAGACAGCAGUGAUGAGAGUUCCAGUAGCACAACCAAUCCAGACUCUCAAAACAGCUAGGAUACAUUUUAAUUAUUUAAUUUUAUAUGUUAUGAAAAAGUUAUGAGGAUGCAAAACAUAUAAUUAAUUUGGAUAUGUAAAAUGAGACUGAGGAGAUUUAUGUAGCUGGCAUAAAUCUGACUCAUUUUAACACAUUUGGCUGAGUAAAGUCAAAAUAUACUCCAUAUGUCUCAGUUUUCUGCUUGCCUGCGGAAUUAAGGAAAUUGCCUAAGGAAUUUGUUUGACUGGCCUUAGGAUAACCCAUAUUUUAGCUUUGCGGUAUUAAAAAAUCCAAUUAAGUAUUACUCAAAAUGAAAACUACGACUAAGCAAGUAGAACCGUGAUCAAAAUUUGUUCAAUCUGUUUAAUUCUGCAAUAUGCAUUUUACAUACAUUUUUCCCUAUGUGGUCAAUAUUAUCUGGCAGGCUAAUAUAAGAGUUUUGAGGGUAACCCCGAUGUGGUCCUCCAGUACUGUAACUUAUGUGACAGUUUCUAACACAUUACAGAUGUGGCCUAUCAGUUUACAAUUUACACAGUCAAAUAAGCAUUUUUUUUAUGGAGGCAGCCAGUUUGCAACUUGUUCGAAAAGAUCCUGUAUUACGCACUUGGAGAAGUACAAUGUACCAUAGCUGAAACCAUUAGCUUUGACUAAGUCUGAACUUGCUCUAAGUUAAAUGUUCUUUUAACCUUUAAUCAAUAAUAUAUUAAGCUUAAUAUAAGUUCUAGCUCACUAAUGUGUCUUGGUUUUAUGACUUUGCUAGCAGAAGAGCUAAUGCGUGUGUAAUGUCUGAAAGCAGUAUAGGGGUUAGAAUAUCUAAUUUAAUGUAAGAACAUUACAUAUUUUAUAACAUGCUUUGCCACAUCUGCUAGUUUUUGUAUGGGACUGUUUUUCUAAGUACAACUUGCUGUAAAUUUGAUUCAGCAAUGUGUCAUGCACAUUAUCUGCUAUAUACUUGGGAUCAACACAUUCUGAUGGUAAUGCUGUACCUACCUGUUUAAAUAAGAUAGUUACAUUUUAUUACCCCAUCAGGUUAUAUGAAACCUAUAUAUAAUGUUAUUUAGAAAAUGUGCAGUUGCUCAAAUUAGUAUUUCAAUAUGUUUUGAUUCAACAAACUGGUUAUUAGUUUGAUUUAAGUGUUUAAUGUUGUAAUCAAUGAAAUGUUACUAUUUUCCUGUACAAUGUUAUUUUGUUGCUAUAAUAGGGACUCCAAACCUCAUGGAGUACUACAGUUCCAAACAUUUUGUGUAUAAAAUGUGUUAGAUAGACAAUGAAUUGAUCAUAAUAUUAAAAAACCUUUUUAAC